UAGGGGAAAGUUAAACAGUCAGUUACAGAGUGAUUGUUUCAACAUCUUUCAAUUCUAAAGAUUGGUGGAUGAGAUUACAAAUUCAAGUAUUACAUUAUCAUAAUUAUCCUUAAUUGCCCAUAAGCUGGAUCUGGCUUGGAAAUAGCAAUGGAUUUGAAGAAGCCAUUAUUAAAAGCUCGUGAGAAGCAAGAGAAUUGGUAAGAAGGAUUUGAAGUUGGAAACGCUGCAAAUGGUCUUCCCGCCCAUGAAGGCGCUGCUGUCGCUGCGCGAUUCUGGAAGUUUUGAUUCAGCGGUUGGAGCGUGGUUCGAUGGCUCUCGAGGAAAGAGACUCUGCGGUUCAGUUUCAGUGAUUGAUAACCAAAUGAGAAAGGGGAGAGAAAUUUUAUGGCUGUUUCCUUUGAACUUUCAGUUGUUUAAUCUGUUCUGUAACAGUACUGAUUUGGUGGACGUUGUCGGAGGAUUGCUCGGAGUUGUAACCAUCCGUCAACAAUGAUUGACGGGAUCAUCGGCGCAACCAGCACCACGUUGUUGAACAGCUUCCGGGCGUCAAAUCGGAGACGUGCAUUAAUUGGAAACAGGGUCCCAUUUUGGCUAAAAAUCAUCUCCUAGUAAAUUUUAAAUUUCUUUGAUCAGCAAAUGGAAGUGGAACUUCUCCUCUCUUUUUCUUUUACCAUCAAUGGGACUCAAUUCCCUUGGAUAAGACGUGUCAAUCCCCCAUGAUUUGUUGUUCUUGCCUUUCUUUGUACUAAUCUCUGACCUACAUCUUUUGUCUGUUCAUGGUUUACUAUUUACGAUUUUGUGUCGCGGAAGUAGCCAUGGUUAACUUGGGUUUAUUCACUACGAACUACUCUAUACAAGAAUUGGUAGUAGGGAAUUCUGUAAUGAAGUUUUUAGGUGGAAUUCUUGUUCUUCUCUGGGCUACGUUCUUGAGCUCUUCCUCUUCAUUUAAAGUUUCCUUGGUUAUCAUCUAAAGCUCCUUCACCUUGUCUGUUCAGCACUCUCCAGCUCUGUGAAAGCUUGCAUUAUUCAGCUUUGAGUCUUCAUGGUCGAGACUGGAUUGGUGGAUUAAGGUUGUUCACUCAUGGGGAACUUAUUGAUUCUUACAUUGAUUAGUUCGAUAUGGGCAUUUCUUGCUGGUUCUGCAUGUUGCCAAAGGCCAGCGGUUGUGAACAUUGGUGCAGUUUUUACUUUUGAUUCUGUUAUAGGAAGAGCAGCGAAGGUGGCAAUGGAAGCUGCAGCUUUGGAUGUUAAUGCAGACCCAACCAUUCUCAAUGGAACGAAACUGAAUUUGAUCAUGGCAGAUACACAUUGUAAUGUUCUCUUGGGUUCUAUUGGAGCUUUCCAGGUACUUGAGAAAGAUGUAGUAGCCAUCGUUGGGCCUCAAUCUUCAGUUGUAGCUCAUAUGGUUUUACAGAUUGCUAAUAAUCUCCAAGUGCCUCUUAUAUCAUAUGCUGCUACUGACCCAACUUUAUCUGCUCUCCAAUUCCCCUUUUUCUUACGGACUACUCAGAGUGACUCGUAUCAGAUGACUGCUAUGGCAGAAUUGAUCGACUUUUAUGAGUGGAAAGAGGUGAUAAUGAUCUUUGUGGAUGAUGAUUAUGGUAGAAAUGGAAUGUCCACUUUAGCUGAUGAACUUGACAAGAAGAUGUUUAAAAUUUCUUACAAAAUACCCUUACCUUCUCAGUUUAAUCUCAGUGAAAUUACAGACAUACUCAAUAAAUCCAAGUUACUUGGUCCCCGUAUCUAUGUUGUUCAUGUCAAUCCUGAUCCAAAAUUAAGUAUCUUCAAAAUAGCUCAUCAACUUAAUAUGAUGACAAGUGAUUAUGUGUGGCUUGCAACAGACUGGCUUUCUACGACCUUAGAUUCAAUUCUGCCCACGCACCAAACCUCUCUAAACAUCCUUCAAGGAGUGGUUGUACUUCGUCAACAUACUCCAGAAUCCAGCCAAAAGACAAGAUUAUGGUCUCGGUUAAGGAAGAUGCUGCCAGAAGUCUCCAGUAAUUCUUCAUUGAACGUCUAUGCUCUUAGUGCCUAUGAUACCAUUCAAUUAGUUGCACGUUCCAUUGAUAAGUUUCUAAAUGAAGGUAGGAGCAUUACGUUCUCUUUGAAGAACAAGUUUCAUGAUUUAAAUACAUCUAAAAUGCCCUGGGGGAAGCUCAAAAUAUUUGACGAUGGUGCUCUUCUUUUGAGCAUAUUGUUGCAGACAAACUUUACCGGUUUAAGUGGUCAGAUUGAGUUUAAUUCAGAUCGGAACGUUGUCAGUAGAGCCUAUGAGGUGAUAAAUAUAGAUCAGAUGGGAUUGCGUAGAGUUGGUUAUUGGUCUAAUAUCGCAGGCUUUACAAUCCAAUCACCGGAAACUCUGAAACAGAAACAAAUUAGUUCUACCCACCUGAACCAGACUCUUGGCAAUAUUACCUGGCCUGGUGGAAAGACAAAGAGACCGCGUGGAUGGGUAAUUGCAGACAAUGAAAGACCAUUAAGAAUUGGAGUGCCACUUAGAGUAAGUUUUGUUGAAUUUAUUACAGCGGUCAAUGGAAGCCACGAAAACAUCCAAGGAUAUUGUGUUGAUCUAUUCAACGAAGCAAGAAAGCUGGUCCCGUAUGACGUUCCUUACAGGUUUAUACCUUUUGGAAAUGGCUACAAGAAUCCCAGUUAUAAUGAUCUUGUGAAGAAUGUGGCGAAUGGUAUAUUUGAUGCAGCUGUUGGAGAUAUUGCAAUCAUAACCAAUCGCACAAGGAUUGUGGAUUUUUCUCAGCCUUUUGCUUCUACUGGUCUUGUUAUUGUGGCUCCAAUAAAAAAUUCAAAGUCGAAUGCUUGGGUGUUCCUUAAACCAUUUACAGUAGAGAUGUGGUGUGUUACCUCGGCGUCCUUUUUCAUGAUUGGGGCAGUCAUAUGGCUUCUUGAGCAUCGAGUAAAUGAUGAUUUCCGUGGUCCACCAAAGAGACAGCUUGUGACAGUAAUACUGUUCAGCUUCUCAACAUUGUUUAAAACAAAUCAGGAAGAGACUGUAAGUCCACUUGGACGUAUGGUAAUGGUGGUGUGGCUUUUCUUAUUGAUGGUUAUCACAUCAAGCUACACAGCUAGUCUCACUUCAAUCCUUACAGUUCAGCAACUUUCAUCUCCCAUAAAAGGACUUGAUGACUUGAUUACUAGUGAACAGCCAAUUGGCUACCAGGUAGGAUCGUUUGCUUAUAGCUAUCUUACCGAGAGUCUUUACAUACCACAGUCGAGGCUUGUUUCUCUAGGCUCUCCAGAAGAGUAUGAAUUGGCACUGCUGAAGGGGCCAUUCAAAAAAGGAGGGGUGGCAGCUGUUGUAGAUGAACUUCCAUAUAUGGAGUUAUUCUUGUCAGGGAGGACUGAUUUCGGAAUGAUCGGGCAGCCAUUUACCAAGAGUGGAUGGGGAUUUGCUUUUCAGAGAGGAUCUCCACUUGCGGUAGACAUUUCUACUGCCAUUUUAAAGCUUUCAGAGAAUGGAAAGCUUCAGAAGAUCCAUGAGAAGUGGUUUUGCAAGAUGGGUUGUCCUGGAGAGAGGAGAAGGAAAUCUGAGCCCAACCAACUUCACUUGAUCAGCUUCUGGGGUCUAUAUCUGUUGUGUGGUGCCUUUUCUCUCAUUGCUCUUCUUAUAUUUCUUCUCCGCAUAGUUCGACAAUUUGCUCGCUACAUUCGACAACAGAAGGAGUCUUCUCAUCCCCAGUUGGUAUCGUCGAACUCGAGCUGGACUCAGGUUAUAUAUAAGUUCAUCGACUUUGUUGAUGAGAAGGAAGAAGCCAUCAAGAGACUUUUCCGAAAGCAUGAUUCUCAGAAUCCGGCUAACUGAUAGCUUUUUGUUGUGUUUGUGUAUUGAGAAGGCCUGAAGGGAAGUGUCCUGCAGCUGUACUUGCAAUUUGGAUCUCUCAAGUUAUAAAAAUGUUAUGUUCUUCCAUCGCUGCUAAUUACUAAGUAGCCAAAGUUUCAUAGUUAAUGUAAAUAAGACUGCAAUAUUGUGAUCCCUAAUUACUCCCAUGUUUGGAAAUUGGAUGGUCAAAUUCUGUAUUAUGAAACAAGAAUGAUAUAUGAUUGCUGCUAGUGAUUCAUUCUGUAUGAAGUGAUAAUUUUAUUCUUUGAUGAA